AGCCUUUGAGCGGGAUCGAACAACAAAAGCUAACGUAAAGCUUUUGUUUGAUCAAAAUAAAUCUUAAUAAUCUCCUAGAUAUAAAUACAAAGGCAAUUUCGUUUUUCGAAUUCACAUGAUCAGUCGGCUGGGAGACGUUGAAGUACCCACUCAACAUCAGGAAAAUGAAGACAUUUUGGAACUUACAAUUUGUCCUUGUUCUAAUCGCGAUCAGUUCGGCUUUCGGUAUCGGCGUUCAGCCAAAAUAUGAAGGUCCAGAUGAAGUUGAACUGAGCCUAUUGGAACCGGCUGUUGUUCCUGAUCCUGUAGACGGAAUAAGCCGUUGGUGGUACACUCCAUCGCGAAAGGCUUUUCUCUUCCGUCACAAUUACGCGAAAAAUGGCGAAGUUGAACCGAAGCAAGGAGAGGAUUUGCGCCUUCCGGGUAACAUCUUGCCUCGCUUAUAUAACAUUCGCCUUUUGCCCUUCAUUGAAGUGGGCAACUGGACCACCGACGGUUAUGUCGAGAUUUCGGUUGACUGCAUCAUCUCGACCGUCAACAUCUCCAUCAACAGUCUAGACCUCACCAUCGACCAGGCUUCCAUUACGGUUACGGACGAACUAACUGGAAACCCGAUCCCAGUGGUCAACUUCAUCGACGAGCAAUCGACCCGCGAGCUAAUCACGCUGCAAGUCUCUCAACCGUUGACAGUCGGUGGACGGUACAAGAUCACCAUGAAGUACAUCUCCGUUUUGAACACUUUGUUGACUGGAUUUUAUCGAUCAGACUAUGAGGAGAAUGGCGAAGUCAAGUAUCUAGCUGUGUCUGAUUUCGAGGCAACAAGCGCUCGCCGCGCCUUCCCUUGUUUCGACGAGCCAACAAUGAAGGCUAAUUUCACCAUCACACUCGGGCGCAAAGAAACCUGGACUUCCGCCAGCAAUAUGCCACUGAUUAGAACGGAACCCAUGGCUGGAGUGACUGGAUUCGUUUGGGAUUAUUAUGAAACGUCGGUGACAAUGUCCACUUACCUUGUGGCGUUUUUGGUGUCGGAAUUUGUUGGUAUUCCAUCAGAACCCGGACUCAGCAACGUAGAAUUCCGCAUUUGGGCCCGUGCUGAUGCCCGCAAUCUUACCGACUAUGCACGCAAUAUUGGUCCUCGAGUUUUGGAAUUCUUCGAAAGUUUUUUUGCCAUCGACUAUCCGUUACCUAAACAAGACAUGGCAGCUAUUCCCGAUUUCGCCGCUGGAGCCAUGGAAAACUGGGGACUGAUUACCUAUAGGGAACAAUACCUCCUCACCGAUCCUACUACGACCAGCGCACGUUCAUUCCAAUUUGCUGCUAUAAUCAUCGCUCACGAACUGUCCCAUCAAUGGUUCGGCAACCUCGUUACUAUGGACUGGUGGAAUGCCCUGUGGUUAAACGAAGGAUUCGCAUCGUACAUGGAAUACAUCGGCACCGAUGCGGUGGAGCCAGAUUUUAGAAUGAACGACCAGUUUAUCAUUGAAAACCUGCAAUACGUGUUCGGAGUCGACGCUCUGGAAACGUCUCGUCCUAUCAACAUCGAAGUCAACACUCCAGCCGAAAUCAAUUCAAUGUUUGAUGCCAUUUCCUACGAAAAGGGAUCUUGCGUGAUCCGAAUGUGCGCAGAUUUUAUCGGCUUCGACACAUUUCAGCGCGGUCUCACUCGCUACCUCAACGACAAUGCUUAUGGCAAUGCGGGUCAAGACAACUUGUGGUCAGCCCUACAGACUCAAGCUGAUUUGGAAAACGUUGUCCUUCCGGCGACUAUCAAAGAGAUCAUGGACACUUGGACCUACAAGAUGGGCUUCCCUUUCAUUACCGUGACCCGCGACUACCAGACAGGGGGUGCCCUCGUCACUCAGGAAAGGUUUUUGUUGCGAAAGAGUAAUGACUCCACCGACCCCAUCGUCUAUCAGUGGUGGGUCCCUCUGACCUAUACCAGUGACUAUCAAACGAAUAAAAGAGAUUGGCUCUCUGUGGAUCAAGUCAGCAAGACACUGCCCAAUCUUGGGGCAGCUGCCAAUCAAUGGGUCAUCUUCAAUAUCGAUCAACAGAAUUACUAUCGAGUGGCUUACGACACUUCCAAUUACGCAAUGAUUCGCGAUCAGCUCAUGAUGGACCAUCAAAAAUUUUCCGACAACAAUCGAGGUCAACUUCUUGACGAUGCCUUUAACUUGGCUUUGGUCGAAUUGAUUCCCUACGCUACGGCCCUCGACCUCACUUUGUAUCUGAAAUACGAGAGAGAAUAUGUGCCAUGGCACGCAGCUCUCUCCGAGUUCAAUUACAUUGACACUAUGCUCUACAACUUUGUUGAAUUCCCCAACUGGAAGAAUUACAUGACAAGCCUAGUGGAACCUACCUACACUUUCUUCGGGUUUGCAGAGACUCAGGCUGAUCCGCACAUGGAAAAGUUGAGCCGUAUCGAUGCGAUGAACUGGGCUUGCAGACUGGGAGUGGCCGAUUGCGUUCAAAAUUCGCUUAGCACAUACGCUAACUUGAUGAGUCAGCCAGAAAAUCUUCUUCAGAUUGUUUCACCGAACGAAAAGAGUAUAAUUCUAAGAACGGCCAUCGAGAAUGGCGGCCAGGCUGAAUACGACUUUGCUUUCAAUCAGUACAAGACCACAGGAGAUAACAGCUUCCUUGUGGCCAUGUGUGCCAGUAAACAAGUCACCGUGCUCUCAGGGUUGUUGGAAAUGUUGCUGGAUCCCAAUUCUGGAAUCUUGAGGUCGGACGUCAAUACCGUUUUCAACAAUGUGGCGAAUAACCCGAUCGGAAAUGAGCUCGCCCUCGACUUUUUGAUUAAUCGAUGGAACGACAUUCAAAAUUCACUCGGAGUGACUUAUUUUGCUACUUGGUAUCGUUACGUCUGUACUCGCCAAAACACACAAGCAGGACUUGAUAAGCUAAUUCAACUGCGGGACGCUCAUACCCUAAUUUUGGGCAAUUCCAACAGCGUCAAGCAAGGCAUUGAAACCGUUGAAACCAAUAUCAAAUGGGUUUCACUCAACGAAGGAGAAAUCGGCACUUGGCUGGCUGCCAAUCAACCUGCCAAGGUCUUUCGUCAGUAAACUUUAACAAGCCUUGCCAUUUGAUCCUUUGUCUAUCGUCCUAAUAUUCCAUACAUAGUAAUAGCUUUAGUUAGGCUAAAAUAGGCUGACACCAAAUAUAAAUACCUAAACACAUGCGCGUUGAUGUUGGCUGCUACAUUGAAAUUGAUGCGCUACUUCAGAGAAGUUGCCUUGAAUGUUGAGUUAUGACGAAGAAAUAGAAAUCGUCCUUGCCCACGCAGUUAAGGAGAUUAACAA